GGGCCUCCGGUCAGCGCCACUGUUCCCCUCGUGACUGUCGGCUGCAGCAGUUAGUUGUCGGCACCGCGUCAGUGCCAGGACCCUCAGCCAUUUUCUUUCCCACAUGCCCCCAAGCUCUCUCGCUCGCUGCCACUGUUUCUAGCCCCUGUUCCUCUCUUUCGCCUUCUCUGGCUCUUCGUGUUGAGUGUCUCUGUCUCUGUCUCUCCCCAACCACGACCACCUGUUGCUGUCGGGCGGACGCGCGCCGACCGCUAGGGCGAGAGGAGAAGUGGGCGGAGGAAGCCUAAAAAAAAACAAAGCAAAAAAAAGGCGGCUUAAUCAGUGGUACCAUCAAAAGAGAUCUGUCCUUCUGGCCUCUGAGUGUUCGCCAUGACUCUCGCACUGGAGGAUAGAUAGUUUGUCACGUUGAACUGUUCCAUGAUACAGACAGAUAUAUAUAUUUAGAUAAGGCAGUUGAAAACAACAGUUGAAGCAUCGGUGUUCUUUUUUUGUGCUCAAGGAGGAAACGAAAAUUUUUUUUAAAGAGUGGUCUUCACGAUGAGGGCUACGGUGAGGGGCCUCCUGGUCCUGCUGCUGGUAGCUCUGGUUAGAGCAGACACCUACUACGACGGAGAAUAUAAUUACGAUGACAACUACGACUACCGGCCACGGGGUGGGUACGAGUACCCGGAGGAAACGCACGAAUACCCCGACGAGGUAGAGCCACCUCCCGUCGACACCUCCCACAGGCAGGUUCAGUCUCCGCCGAGGGAACGCGUCGACGAAGAGGAGGAGACGCACCUGGAAUACAACAGUGAUGAUGGCCGCAUAUGUGCCAGGAGCUGCAGUGUGUCAAGAGACUCGGACGUCCUGUACGAGCCAGGGAGAGAAUACAGGUACCAGUACCACGGCGAAGUCGUGACAAAGUCCAGAGCGACUUUGACGCAGGAGUCUAGGAUGACCGUUAGAGCCUACGUCAUCAUCACGGCCAGGACUCAGUGCGACCUGAAAUUGAGUGUAAUGAACUUAGCUGUAGACGACGUGCCCACCCCGGAUUCUCAGUGGUUCAGAGACGCAGUUGAAAAAUAUGACCUCCACUUCAGCUACACCAACGGCAUGGUCUCCUACCUCUGCCCGCACGAAGAAGAGGAGGUAGUUGCCACAAACUUCAAGAGAGGUAUCUUAUCAGCCAUACAGGCCAAGAUGACCAACAUGCAGAAAACGGAGGCAGUUGUUUAUGAGGCUGACGUCAUCGGCGAGUGCCAGACGGAAUACCACCUGACGCAGCCCAGCGAACUCGUCAUCAACAAGACGAAGAGCAACUGUCGCUAUAACAACUAUCUGCCUUAUGUCCCCUCGCAACACUACUCCAGGAAGGAGCUCACUGGACAGAUUCCUUUCCAAUCGAGCAAGCAGAACUGCAUGAUGCACCUCCAGGACCGAAUCUGGAACCGGGUGGAGUGCGUGGAGCAGAUGGAGGUCAAGGAAUUCCAGGACUUCUUCCGCGAGGACGACUCCAGCUCCAACUCCAACUCCAAUCACGCCCUGGCCUCCGUCACCGUUACUACCACCCUCGCGCUCGAAGCCGGCCCUGAGGAUUCUCAGACCGAAUUCGCGAAAGACGGCGUCCGCAAGAGGAGGGCAUCGCUGCGGAUGGACCUAGAGGGAGCCUUCGACUCUUUGGACAAGAGGGAGCACCACGGAAUUAAUGUCCCCGAGCAGAUCCGAAUCGCAGUGGAGUACCUCAAGGCAACCAUGAACAGUGACUCCGGAAUCCUCGAGAAGCGCUCGACUGCUUUCUCGCACCUGGUCACUCUGCUGGGGCAGCUGGAGGAAGACUCCGACAUGGACGACGUCUGGGAAACUUACUCUUCUGAACAACACACCAGGCAAUUCGUCCUAGACGCAGCCGUCCUCUGCGAGUCUCGAGCUUGCAUGAAACUGCUGACGAGGUUGGCGGUGGAAUCCCCCGAGUACUUCCCUGAGACCCGCGUCCUCAGCUGGCUGGUGGGAGUCCACUUCCACACGAAGUCUCAUCCUGACAAUGUCAAAUAUCUGAUGGAAGUAGCCCAUAACAACGCCGCUGUCGAACACCAGACUGUGAUGGCUGCCUCCAGCAUCGUGUACCAACUCUGCCGACGGAACCCAUUCACUUGCAGAGACCACGCAGCGCCUCUCCUGGACUACGCCGUGGAGAAGAUAGGCGAUUCCUGCGGCUACGGAGGAUCGGAGGAGGACCUCGUCCAAGUCAAGCAUGCUCUGAGGGCGCUCUCCAACGCCGGCGUCCUGCCGGAGGGCCACGUCAUCGAGAGGUGUUACAAGAAUAAGCUGAUGAAACCCGAGAUAAGGGUGGCCGCUUUUGAAACCUACAGACGAGUCAGCUGCCGCCAUCUUGAUCUCGAAACGCCAUGGCAGAUCCUGGACGACGCCGACGAUGAAGUGGACGUCCGCAUCGCAGCCUAUCUCUCCUUGGUCAUGUGCGCCCCUGAGACGCCCAACUUCUUCACCCGCGUCAAGAACUUCCUGCACAAGGAAGAGGUUAAUCAAGUUGGAGGGUACAUCUGGACUCACGUGAACAACCUGGCCGAGAAGCCUGGCGGUAACUCAUACAGCCGAGAACUUUCCCAGUUGGCCAACCACCACACCCUCAGAGCCAAAUUCACCACCAACGCUUUCCGAACUUCCAGAAACUACCGCUGGGCACAGUUCAGUGAAAUGCUGAACGUCGGCGCCAGUUUGGACAGCGACCUCAUCUUCACGCCCCGUUCCUACUUCCCCCGAAUCGAGCACCACAAAUUCCAUGUGGAUUUCCUGGAGAACAGCAUCGAUGCCUUCGAGAUCAUAGGAGAAUUCGAAAACAUGGAAGACAUGGUGCAAGACUUCUUCAGCAAGGGUCAAUACCUUGAGAACGAGGAAAUAUACAAGGUCCUGGAAACCAUCAGGCCCAAGAGAGACAUCAACGCCGACAAGAUCCAGAAAUUCCAGGAAAUGUACGACGAAGCCAGGACUGCCAACGAGGUAGCAGCCGGAGGAGGAGGAGGAGGAGGAGGAGAAGAAGGUGGAGAAGAACCACCGAAGCCCAAGGCGAUCGUCCACUUCAGGGUGUUCGGCAGCGAGAUCUUUUACCAAGACCUUCUCAGUGAUAAUCUGUGGGAGUUCUUGCAGAAAGUGAUGCGGGAGAUGUCAAACCCAAGGUCCUUCCAGAUUCUCCAGCAAGAAUUAAUGAGCCCAACAAUUCUCGGCUUUCCUCUGAGAUUACACCUCAAUGCCACCGGAAGCAUCAAUUACGAGGACACGACUGAAUUUUCCGUAACCCCCUCCUUCGACAUAAAACUCGACGGGCAGAUCAAAACCUCCACAGUGCUCGCCAUGGACGAGACGCUUAUGAUCGAUGGUUAUGGCUCCACCAGCGGAGUCAGGAGACGAUCGACGCACAUCUCCAGCACUGACUUCGGACUGAAGGUAGAUGUGCAGAAGGGGAAGUUGGCCGAUUUCCAAUUCAACGUACCGAAGCAGGAAGUGGCCCGCGUGACCUCGUCGGUGAAGGUGGCGCUGUACGAGAAUCACAGGCAGGACUGGAAUGAGGCAGAUUAUGAGGGCCCGUCUGAGAAGUUUGAAUAUUGCUCUCCUGACGAUACGCGAAGGAUUACCGGACUCGAGUACUGCAGCUCAUCCGAAAGGGCGCUGCUCCACACAGAUUCCGAGGAGCCCAUCCCAGGCGAUGUGUACAGCGCUGAAUACACCCUGACGAAAGCUGACACCUUUGAUUACUACCAGCUCCUCUACAAGAACGAGAAGAAGGAUUUCGAGUUCACCUUCGACACCCCAGGAUCCUCCGUCGACAGGAAGGUCAGUCUACAGGUCCGCUUGAAACCUGGCAAAGCGAAGGGCACCUUAACAAUCCCAGGAAAAUCCUACGACGUCGAGGGCAACUACGAAAACACAGCGGCCCUGAAGAAGUUCGCCCUCCAAUACACGGAGGACUCCGUCUCCCAAGGAAACUUCGAGGUGGUCAUCCCAAUGACAGCCGACGAAACGGGUUUCACGGUAACACCAAAGAUCUCCUUGAAUCUGAACAGCUUCUUUGACUUAGACUUCGAAGGAACGCUCAAGAAGGGCACUGGCCAGUUCCUUCUGGAAGGUCAUGCAACGUGCAGUCAGAUGGAAAACCCUAUGGAUUUCAAAGCCUCGUGGGAAGCCACAAAGGACCAGCACAAGAUCGAGGGGAACGUGGCGAUCGGCGAGGUCUUCGGCUCCACGUCGGGGACCCUGUUCCUGAACGGCGAGAAGACCCUGGUGCAGAUCGACUCUGAGUACGGUACGAGUCGCGACCAGCCGAACACACUCGCCUUCACCUUCGACAAGACGCUCCUCGUGGAGGCGGAGGGCGUCAGACACACCGGCUACCUGUCGGUUGAGUCGAGCGUCGGAAACACGAACGUGGAACUGGAAUACGACUACGGCUCCGACCACGCCAUCAUGGACACGAAUGUGACAGUCGUCGGCACUGAGGUGACAUCGAAGGUUAUCGUCAAGAACGAAUUCUCGGAAGGAGAGAGAGAUCUGGAGGUCACCCUGAGCUUCGCCAGCCCCCAGCUGGAUGUGAACUACCUCGGCCAAGCGAUUUACAAGAUAUCCGACAACGCCUUCCUCGGGGAGGUCGAGGUCACCCUCGGCGCGGAUGUCAACACGAAGCUGUCGGCCAGUUACCUGUACGAAGUGGACCCCUUGCACCUGCAAGGGGGUUUCCACUUCCACCUGAACGACUUCGUGGUGCAGUUCGCCCACGAGAUCGACUUCAGCCAGCCUGGCAUCAUGCUCAUCACUUCAAGUGACGUCAUAGGCCCAGCUGCCGGCGUACUUCAGUUGGAGGCUUUUUACGACAAGAUGGCGCCCUUCAACGCUUCCCUCGACGUCCACGCCGGAUACGGCAACGAUCAGUUCGGCCUGAAGGCCUCCACGUCCUCCAAUGAAGACUGGAGCCAGUUUGAAGGAUCUACCGAGGCAAUUUGGUUCGACUGGUCCUACAAUAUUCAGCACGAGGUCGAGUGGGGGGAGCACAAAAAGAACUUCCUCUUCACUUGUCAAGAAGGAAACACUCUCAACGUCUUCUUGCAGACGGAUCCAGAUAUCAUGUUCAAUCUGGCAUUCCAGCGCGCCGACGAUGGAGAACCUCUUAUAAAGUACGGCAUCGAAAGACGUACGGAGGAAAGCGGUACGACUUACGAAACAUACUUACAAUCACAGGGCAAUGAUAUGUUCCACCUGACAGCAACUGAUUCAGGAGACAACUCGUACAGCGGGACAGCGAAGUUCUUAGACAGCCAAGUGGAGGUCGCUGGCAAACUGACCCAUACUGAGGAAGACCACUUGGAAGGAGAGGCGCAGGCGACGCUGACAUUCCCUUCGGGAGAAACCCAGCAAUCAGAAGUCACCUUCAAGAAGACGUACGACGGGAAAACUAGGGACUUGCAGUUCUCUUCUAGCUACGGAGGCGAGGUCAUCCAGGGUCACCUCACGCUGACGCACAAGGACGGAUGGUUCAACGACGACGAAAGGAAGGUCGUGGUCAGUCUGGAGACGCCCUUCGACGGCUUGAAGAAAGUGGGCAUGUCCUUCGAGUCCCACGGAGACUGGGCAGAACCUUGGCACGCGGAGGCAGAAUGGGAGGAGAUAAAGGUUCGUGGCGAAAUUCAGCUUGCUGACGUGACAAAUCUAGAAGGGAAGUUAGAGUACAUAGAUGGUGGAAGUUGCGACUCGAUCGUACAUUUCUACAACAAAUACGACGGUCAGCAUUUUAAGGCUGGCGCCGUCGUAGGCAUCACCAAGGCCCGCGACCCUUGGUCUAUCGAACUCACUGCAACGGAAAAUCAGGACACCAAAGAGCAUUCACUAGAUAUAACUUUGAACUGCCAGUCACCAUUGAUGCAGGCACCUUUCGAAGCCAAGGGCAAAUACAAACUGACAGAUACCAAUGUGACGCCGAAUUUGAAUUUGGAACAGAGUCAAAGACAAGAGUCUCGCCGAGGAGAGAACGAGGCCCUAGAUUCGGAAGUGCAAAAGCGCGUUGGAUCCCUCAAUCUCGAUUCGCCCUGGUUCGAUCCCGUGUUCUUCAGUGUGGAGAACCUCCAAGAUGCUGGGAGCUUCAACGUGACUGUUGAUCUGAGGACCACCUGGGAGCAUGUCAACACUGUCACUACAGAAUUCAGUGUGAAUUACGCCAAACUUGACGAAACUUCGGCCCACUUCUAUCUCAACCACCAGAAUCUUCAAAUCACCUUAGAAAUGAUUCACAAUCUUUCCGAUGGGAACCUAGUACAGCAAAUGCAAGGCUCUGUGAACACGGUGGUCUUGAAUUACAACCUGAAUGCAAAAUGGGACGAAAACUUCAUCCCUGAGAAUUCUGAAGGACAAUUAUCUCUGAAUGGUUUUCUAGACAGUAACUUUGAAUUUAUCUUUUCCCACACGAGGGAAGAAAAUAAGUUUAAUAGUAGAUUCUCUGGAACUUGGGACACCUACCAAGUUCGCCUCAUCCACUUCUUUGAAUUUGAUCAUCCACUGAAAUGGUCCAGUGACGUUCAACUAAAUCUCCCGGAAGAAAAGUUAAUCUUGGCCCGACUUUUCUUAAACAGCCAGAAAGACCUUUCAACAUUUGAGAGUACCUUCCAUCUAAAUACACCUUGGACUGAAGCUUUCGUUGCUAAUUUCGAGAUUCACAGGGAACAUACUCCUACCGAGUAUGAACUAGAAGCUACCUAUGGGGACACAACUCUCUUCAAUGUAGUGGUCAAUUCAAGCGACUCCUUCACCUGGAAUAAAGUGGAUGUUUCUAUGGACGUAUCAUCGUCUUUAUUUGACAAUGCUAAGCUCUUAUGGCAUCAUGACCUUCACUCUGACAAUUCAGUGGCACUAGAAUUUUCAUAUGGUCAACAUUUUCACCUUGAAGCCAAAAACCACCUCAAAUAUGAAGAGAGUAUUUUCAACAAAGAACUCAAAGGUUACGAAAUGUCUGCUGCUCUGAAAAUGGAAAAGCCUAACCUAGAUUUUAAAGCUAAUUUUGCUUUUGAAGAUUCGAUUUCAGGAGAAUUCCGGGCUGGUUGGUAUGACUACAGUUUCACUGUAAAAUCCUCCAUCCCCGAUAACACUGUGUUUGCUGCCUCUCUGAGCUAUCCUGAGGAACAUCACUACACAGAACUAUUGUAUGAAAAAGGAACCAGCAACAUCCCAAAUUUUUCAUUCAAAUACUCUAAGAAUGACAACGAUAUUCUCAGGUUUAACGGAGAGUUUUCUAGUUCUUACCCACAGUUUGAUGUAGCAUUUAAUUUCUAUUACUUCGAUGAGUAUUCAGGUAUUCCUAAGAAUGGGCAGCUCCAAUUGACAGCUGAUUUCUCGCAAAUUAAAGACUACCAGUUUAAAGGGAUGAUGAAACUGAACUCAGAUUUUCAAGGCUUUGAAAGCUUUUGGGGAGACAUCGCAGCAGGAAUGAAGAAUGAGAGAGAUGUAUUUGCAGGCCAUUUACAAGGCCAACUUCAUGUAAAAGAUUGGCACUACAAGACACAAUUCAAGCUAGAUCUCAACACAGGCAGCGAUUUUAAGCUGAAUUAUAACUCCUCUUACGAUCUCACACAAGGCGACGAGGUUCACGAUAAAAAAGAUUUUAAUUUGAAGUUCGAGCACUCCAGAGAUGACAUCGUUGCUUAUAUUUCAAUCACUCCAAAAUGGGACAUGUCACCUUGGUCUGCUUAUGUUUCCUACAGCUUUAAAGAUAUAAGUUUCAAAACUUAUGUCAUCCCAGGCAAUGAGGAAAAGUAUGAGGUCACUCUUAAUGUAACCAAGAAUGUUCUGAGAGUGGAUGCACAGAGAUCAAAAGAAGAUGGAGAUGAAACAUUCAGCUUUUUGCGCGGUACUGUCAACUGGAACAUGAAGAAAAUCAAGAAACAAAUUGUUGUAAACUUUACUUCAGACAUUCCAUCAAUGAAAAACAUUAAGGGCCAAAUAGUCAUUCAGCAGAGGAAAGGUAUGGCAGCCAACUUCAAACUACGCGUUAAUGAUGAGGAUCUUACAGGCUUGGUAAGAUUUAUAGAUGGGGGAAAAGAAAAUGCUGGGAAAAUUAUGGUUAAGAUCGAAAAUAAGAUUAUAUACCCAUUCACAACAAAUUCAAGUGUACAGUACAGCUUAGAACCCGAUGGGGUGACAGCUGAUUUAGAGAUGGAGGUUGAUGGUGAAAAAGAUUGGGUAAAAGCCAACGUUAAAGGCAGUUUAUCAGAGUCCUACAUCAGAUUCAGUUUGCCAAUUGAAAACUUCAAUGAUUUCGAUUUGACAGUAACUGUGGAAACUGACCCUGCAUACGGUUUAAAUGUUGACUUGAAAAAUAGUCUGUUUUGCUUCUCCCUGAGUGGAAGUCUUCAUAAAUUCUUUGAAACACUAAGCCUAGUUUCCAGCUUUACCUGGGAAUGUUCUGGCGAACCAGUUUACGAUUUUAAAUUCCAGUAUGACUUUAAUGACAAGAAUAAUGUCAGUGUCGAAACUUACCUUAAAGUUAAGAACUUUGGUAAUAUGUUCAGAUUCAGUAUCAAUGGAAGUUACUUACAAGGCAAUGAUAAACUUACAAUAGAAACUGAGAUAUACCCAUCAUAUCACCACAUAACUAACCUGUUCAUCAGUACAAAUGAAGCCUUCUCAUUAGGUGCACACACUCAAGAUGGAUCUACGGAAGACACGCUGUUUCAGUUUGAAGUCACUGUCUCCAAAAAAGAAACUCGGGUAGAAAUUCUAGUUGGGGAUAUUAAAGUGGUCUCUUUACAAUCAGAGUAUGACCUGAAUCCUAAUGCUCAAAAAUUUGAUGCAUCUUUUAUGCAUACUAUCUUUGGGCAUCCUUUUAGUGCAAAGUUAAAUUUCAAUGGAAAAAUUGAGUAUGAUUCCGGAGAAAUAGAAAUGCAUUUAUCCACUGACGGCUCAUUUGAUCAUGCUGAUUUCACGAUGGAUUAUAACAGAAAGGGAAACAUUAUCCAAGGUAACUUCAAACUAGAGACAUCCAAUGGUAAUGCUGAAGGGAAAACUACUCUUGAAAUGACUAAAAGGAAAUAUGAUUUCAAGGCUGAGAUGCAUUCUACCAUCCACACUUUUGAAAACUACCAAGUUGAAUUCUUUUAUGAACGCCUGAAGACUGGAAAGAAACUGGACAUCAAGACUGUGCAAGACGAUAUUGAAUUUGAAUUGCAUUCCUCACAGUUAGAAGAGGAUGGCAUGUUGGUACUGCAUAUGGACUCAAAACUGCCACUAGAAAAAUUUGGCAGUUUUGAGGUUAAUUUAGGAUAUCCUACGGAAGAUUCCGCUGAACCAUCCUAUAAGGUAGAUGUGGAAUUUGUGUUGUCAAAUCAGGAGUAUAAAACAUCGUUCCAACAUAAGCACAGUACAUCAUGGAGAAACCAGGAAACCAUAUUUUCAGUGAACACUCCAGUUCGUUUGAUUGGUAAACAUGAAGUCAUAUUUAAGUAUGAUUUAGAUGGCCAAACCUCCUUCAGCUUUGAAAGCUAUAAAGGUCAGUUUGGAUUAAAUGCAUCUUGGGAACUGAAAGAUGGAGGUGUACUCGCAGAACUGGGUAUGGAUCUGUCCUACUUCCAGCAAGGGGAGUAUAAAGUCAAAGUAGACAUACCUUUGAAGAUCUACCAGAGAGGUGAAUUUGAGUUCAGCCGACAUAAUUCUGAUUUGGACUUUGACAUCCACAUACUUGUCGAUGACAAAUACAGGUCUGGAGAAUUUACCCUCAAUGUCCACCACCAAGAAGAUAAAAAAACUUACCUUCUUAAUUACAACUAUAAGAACCGCCUCGACAUCGAGGUCCAGUGGGAUACAUGGACUAUGAGUGCCAAAGCCAAAUUAACUGGUAAAAAAGUCCCUGCCUCCUCUGGAACCAUUAACAUCACUACAAAUUUCGAAGGCUUUGAAACAAUGAAAGGAUCCUGGGACUUCCAGAAUAAAAAGAAGACAUACUCAACUGCAAUUAGUUUUGACAUUGAUCAGAAAGGUUCCAUCAAAUUUGAUGCUUCAUUAGCCUCCCAGCCAAAAGGAAUCUCAAACCCAUGGGAAGGUGCUCUCCUGGAAAUCAGCUUCGAAUCCCCUUUCACAGAGCCUCACCAACUGGUUGCGGAGUACAGUGUUCCAGAGAGGAAAGUGGUCGUAUCAUGCAAAUGGGGCUUGGAAAUAUUCGAAGUGAACCUGCAUGGAAAUGUCCUUGAUAGCAAUGGUGAUAUUACACUGAAGGGAAAUCUGCCAGUUGAAUUCCUCUCGCCAUUCCGAUUCAGUUUUGAAUAUGACUUGCAAAAUGAUUUCAAAUUUGGCUUGAAGGCUUAUCUGGGGGAAACGCUUUUGGACGGACAGGUUGAGGUUGCAUCUGACUUUAUGAUGGGCAAUACAGGAAUCUUUUGGUCAUCACCCUUUACAGAACCCUUGGAUGUUGUUCUGAAAUGGUCAUUCAACAAUAGUCCAUUUGACUUCGAAACCUCCUGGAAAUAUGGGAAGAAUGAACUCACAGCCAGUACCAAGUACGAAUUUCAUGACAAUUCUGGCAAUUUCAAUCUAAGAUUUAUUACUCCCAUUAAAGUUGCCUCCUCUAUAGAACUUGAAGGCUUGUAUGAUUUUACAGAUUCAAAUGACAUGAAGCUUUCAACUAAACUAAAAUUCAAUGAACAUUUCUUCCAGACAGAAUCUAAAAUAGUGAAGAGUGAUGCUCAGUUUGAUUUGAAAACAACAGGCUCAGCGAAAGCAUUUGACCUCAGUGGAUCCAUGAACUUUGAAGUCAAAAUUGAGGACGCGAACUACAAUAUUUCAUUCUCAGGUGAAACUGAAAAAUCAGAAAUGCUCCUCAUCACCGGACAUUCCACCGGAAAGGACUUGCAGUUCACUCUCAGAUAUGGCGAUAGAGACAUUAUGAAUAUGAAUUUAGAUUUCAGUCAAGCAGAAGUAAAGUUUGUUUGGAAAAAUAUCUAUCUUAAUAUGACUUCAAACUACAAAAAGGUAAGAAAUGGUUACAUGAUAGAGUAUGCAUUACAGUCAUCUGAAAUGCAUCCACUUACAAUAAAAGCUGAAGCAAGCAGUGGGGAUAAAUAUGAAGGAAGUAUCACUGUCAUGUAUGGAGACAAAGAAUACAAUGUCAAUGGCAGUUUAAGCUUGCAGGCAAGAUCACCCUCAUUGAAUUUCCAGUUCAAGUCUUCAGAGGAUUCUUAUAACCCCAUUGUGGUUAGUGCUAUGUAUGAUAUUUCUGCUUUCAUGCAAGGAAAAAUGAAGUCAGAGGACACUCUAGCAGACAUAUCUUUUGAAUGGGGAGAGAAGCUUCAGAUGUCUCUGAAAGGUCAGCGGCGUGGUAAGAACACUAAGCUAGACUUGAAAAUCAUCACACCCUUUGAUGCAGUUCCUGAACUUCAUUGUGGGUACGAAGGAAAUUGGAUGAGGAAGGGGCCUGUGGUUGAUUUAGAUUUCACAGCGUAUUUUGAAUGGUCGGAGAAAGUGACAGUUACUGGUAUGUUCAAACAGAAAAAGGACAGACUCAGCUUAGAGCUGACAGUGGAAACCCCAUUCCCAGCCUUUGAAAACUUCUCCGUCAAAUUGAAGAGUAAUCCAAAUCAUGUUGAAGCCUCCCUUGGAAUAAGAGAUGAGGAAUGGAAUCUUGUUUGCGAUUAUGAGUUUUCUCCAAAGUUUUCAGUGUCUGUAACGGCUAAAACACCUAUUUCUGGUUUUAGAGAAAUCUCUUUGAAAUCAUCCGCGGGCAUGGAGAAUCAAAAGCUAACUGGCGAGGCCCAACUGGAAUGGGACAAUGACAAUUCAUUCAAAUUGAGUGCAGUGGCUGAAAUGUGGCAUUUGGAAAUUCAUUUGGAUACACCUUGGGAGCCAUUGAAAAAUGCUGCCUUCACAACUUUCCUGAGGACUGAAAGUGAGGAAUUAAUGUACAGUCUCAGUUUAAUGUGGAGUUCAUCAGUUGCUGAGAUGAGUUUUGCCUUUUCACCUGUCCAAUUGCAGCUUGUAGGUAACUAUACUUCAGAUGGAACAGAGGUUGGAGCUAUCAAUUUUGGAUACCACUUUGAUGGUGCAUCUUAUGAAAUAAAUGCAAAGUUACAAGUGCCAUUUAAGAAAACAUUUAAUGUUUCUGCCCAUCUGAGCUUUGAAGAAACAAGUGUAACAGUCAAAAUGCCAUUCUUUUAUGCCAUUGAUGCAGUACUAGAAGCUAAAGAUUACUGGAAAGAGGCAAGAAUAGAAGCAUCUGUUGAUGAUCCUUAUGGAGGAACUCCAUAUAGUUUCAAGAUGAAUUAUGCUACAGAACCUGAGAAAUAUGCAAUUGCAGGCAAAGCAGAAGUUGCUACAGACAUAAGCUUGGUGUCCAUUGAUGUAGAUCUUAUGGAUGACUGGAGAGCUGAAGCUCAUAUCUGUGACAAUAUAUCAAUGAAUCUUACACGCACAGAUGAAGGAGUGGCCAUGUUUGGCUUUAACAUGGAAAAUAAAGAUUUUAACUUGGAAUAUCUUGACUUUGUAGCGACUUUCGGCUUUUUAGAAUCUCCAGUGUUUGAAGACUCUCUUUCAGUAUCCUACAGAGUUAAAGGACAAGAACUGGCUGAAUCUGAAUUGAGGUGGCAGAGUGAAAGUGAGGACUCGCAGCUUUUGAUAACUCUGAAUCUUGACAGUAGUGCAGGUAUCCUAGAAAAUGUGGAGAUAAGCAUCCCCAAGACAAAUAUUUUCCAAAAUGAUGGCAAGAUAGAAGUAUCCAUUAGGAAGAGUGAUGAAGAAUUUUACAGAAUUACUUAUGAUGCAGUUUACCUACAACCCCCAACCUUCACUCACGCACUAACUAUCCAGUUCCCUGAUUGGACGGCAGACCUUUCAGCAUCAUUGACCAGAAGUAACUUCAAGCUUUCAGCAUCUUACCCUAAUGAAGAUACAAAGCAUACGUUACUUGUUUCUUGGCCCCGCGAUUUAAGCCUAGAAAAGUUGACCUUACAAAUAGAACUCAGUACUCCUUAUUUGGAAGAAGGUGAUGUUCAAUUCCUUUUAGAUUUUACUGUCCAACAGAGGUUGCAUUUUACCCUGACCUCUUCUCUCUCGUAUGGAACAAAUAAAAUAGAAAUGAACGGCAGAUUCCAGUUUGUCAAAAGGGAACGCAAAGUUGUGGUCGAGGCGACUGUAACAUCGGACUGGGUGGGCAACCACUCUUUAGCACUAAAUGCUGGAUGGCUGAGGAACAUCACUGGAUCCUUGAAGAUAGUGAGCGAUGAUCAAGAGCAUAAUGCUAAUCUUCUUAUAAACAAAGAAGAAUACACUGCAGAGUUCACUAUUCAUUCGCCAUGGAUAUCAUCUAAAGAAGUUACAGUAACAGGAAUGAUGAAUAAAGACAUAGAAUCACAUAAUAUACUGAUUGAGGCAAAACUUGAAGCUGAUGAAAAUGACUAUAGCAUAGAAGGAAAAUUUAAAAGUACUGAUGAGAAAUAUAUUGAUGGAUAUUUUGUCAUGAAACGGAAACAAGAGGACAUCUUUAGAGUAUCUGGAUAUUUCCAGUUUAAAGCUAACUCAAUAGGCCUUAGCCUCACUGUGGGAAGUGAUGUGGCAUAUUUCUCCAGCAAUUUAAGAGUGAUGUAUGAGAACUCCGAGGAAAAACUCGCUCUUUCGUUGGACGUUGGUAACAGUUUCUUUACGUAUAUUAAUAAUUACAUUUCAGUCACUAUCCACAAAGACUGGAGGGAACAACACUCAUUCUACGUUAGACUAUAUAACUGGGAUUCAUUUAGGCUCGAUGUAAAACCCGGUGUAGAAGCAGGAGAAGUUGAAGUAUAUAUCAAGUUGAAGGGAACACACUUCAAAUUUGAUGUGGAAUAUGAUCUUGCAAAAGAAUUUGAAUUUGAAGUUAGUUUACAGACGCCAAGAAAUGACGUUACGGUCUUCCAUUUCGAAGUAGAAUGGCCAUUCAGCUUAGAUUCUAGAAAGGAAAUCGAAUUCUAUUAUCAGUGGUAUGAAGACCACGUCUCUUUCAAAUUUGACCUCAGCCCUGACAGCUUUUUUGGAUGGUCUGCCGGAGCUUACCUUACCUCUUCUUUGAAAGGUUAUGAACGCUUCUCACUUCAGACACCUCAAAUUGAUUCAGAAUCGAAGUACAUAGUGUUGAUAGAAUAUCCUGAUGGUAAGAUAGGUCUGAAUGCAAAGCUUAACCCAAAAGGGUAUUUCAAUCAUCUGAGAUUCACAGUUAAUUUACCCUUUGAAGAGUAUCCUCUAAUUUCGCUGUAUUUCUCUACAAGAGGUGAGCAAGGCUCUGGUAUAGAAGUACGUGUUGGCAAAGUUGGUUUUGCCGCCUUAGUUGACACAGAUUCCCAUGAAGGUUUUGAAGAGGUCCGAUUUCUACUGUCGUUGAAUGAAUACAGAUCAGAGAGUUAUAUUAGAUAUUAUAAACACAGGGAAAGAUUCAGGUUGGUCAUCCACAGUGAUUUUGAAAUGAAAGAUAUAGGAGACAUAAAAUACUUUGAGUUUGAAUCCAGAUAUGAUCCGUCAGAAAGGUUAAUGAUUGCUGCAAAAACAGACCAAGAUGAACUAGUAAAACUACAUUUUGCUUGGGGUACAGAUAAAAUAUUUGCCAUAACCACUCCCAAAACAUACCCAGGUUAUUUGAUUCUUAAUCUAGAAAGCUCGGAGAAUACUGAUGAUUAUCAAGUCGAAGUUGGACUGCAACUGUCACGCUUUGAUGCAACGUGGGAAAAAUAUGGGCUCCACCUUUCACAGAAGCAACUUGGAUAUGGACGUGAACUGCAUUUAUCUGGCAAAAGUGGCCAGAGUCAGUUUGGAAUUGAAGGUGAAAUAACUCUCCACCCUAUGCACAGUGGCAAUUUGAACAUAAGGGAAAGCCUCGUCUUGCAGAUGAAUGAAGGAAGGAUAGGAUUCUUAACAUAUCUCCAGACUGACAACGGUUUCUUUGAAGACUCCUACACUGGUGAUCUGCAGAUCAUUCUUCCUGAACAAGUUCUUCACUGGGAUACUACAGCGAGAUGUUCAGGUUCCAGUUUUAACUUAAUGUCGCAUUUCAAAUGGAAUGACUCUGAUUCAGAAGAAGAACCAAUUGUACUGACAUUAGAUUAUGAUGACCUUUCAGCAAUUAGCAACAAUGAGCACGUCUUACAAGCAGUGUUCAGCUACCCCCAGAUCCAAAAUAUAACUUUCCAUGGCAAUCUUACUUGUGCAGAAGACUCCGUAUAUCACGCAACAGCUGAAUUUGUGGACAGAAAUGACCCAGAAAAGAACAUCUUUUUCGAAAUGGAUUCAGCACCUGGCUCAGAAUCGGGAGUCUUCAUUGUUGGAGCUAAUAUUACACAACCUUCAUCUAACUCAGUGGUCGAGCUUAAUGCUGAAAUAACAGAUUCUGUUUUCAAAAGUGCUGCCUAUCGAAUAAAUUACUGGAGUCAUUCCAGACAAAAGUGGGAGGUCGUGCAUAUGACAACAGAAGUGACUGAAGAAAAUCAUGGCUGGCAUUUCAGUGCUAAUUUGAACAAGUCUGAAUCUGAUUGGGGAUAUAACUAUAAUGGAAGUCUGUUGCAUCACGAUGACUCAUUCUUCUUCAGUUUCAUGAGUACUUCCCAACAUUUUAUGGAUUACUGGAGAUUGGAAACGACAGUGAACAAAUUCCUUCCAGGGGUAGAUGCACAGCUACAGAUUGGACAGUCAUUGCUAGAGCCACACGAAAUUGGAAGAGUUCGGGCCGGUAUUCAUAACCCCCUUGAAAUGGGAGUCAUUGUCGACCAUGAAAGAUUCGGUGUCUGGAGACAGGAUGCCCGAGCUGGUCUGCGACUACAAGACAGAGAAAUUCUGCAGUUCAUCAUAGAGUACGACCCAUCAUUUGAUUUCUCAGACGGAAGCCUCAUAUAUCGCCUUAUUUCUCCCGCAAGCAAAAUUUCAAAUGCAUUCUUACGGGACCUAUCGUAUACAGGACUUGCCCUAAAAGACUGGGCAUCAUUAGAGUUCCAAGAGAUUGCGAGAGUUGCCUUCCAUCAAGAAACCUUCCUGACGAUACAGAGCUACUGGAAAGACAAGUGCAAUACCUUUGUAUACCAUCUGACGUCGACUUUCUCAAGACUGGAGCAUGAUGUGAGCAGCGCCUAUGAACAAAGAGUCAAGCCUUUUGCGGAUUCACUGCAGAACAUAACCUCAGACAUGUAUGAAAGAAUACGAUUCUUCUUCGAGAACAACUUCCCUUCAUUUACGCCCAGCUGGGAGCAUCUAGUGGAAUUCAUGAGCAUAGAGUAUGUCAGAGUCCAUGACAAGUUCAUCGAGGAAUGGUACCGUCUGGAAGAAUGGUGGCACGAGACGAACGAAGCCAUGAGCAUCGCCUUCAAGGACUCGAUGUAUGAGGUGGUGCGUACCAUAAACUACCUCGGCGAGGUUGUCUCGGAGGAACUUAGAGCCCUGCAGGAUACCUAUGGACCUACCUUCGAGUCCUGCAGGAUGGCCUUUGAGAGGUACGGGCAAGAACUCGAGUCAGUGUUUGGUGGUCAGUGCUGGUCCAGAAUUCAUCACCAGAUUCAGAAAGUCCAAGCAAGUCUCAACCAGGUCAUGUACACAGGCGAAAGGUUCAUUCAGCCGAGCGAGUACUUAAGGCGCAUGGACAGCUUCAGAGAAUGGUUCGUCGAGUGGUACAGGGAAAAUCAACUCAGAUUCAAUGACGGCCUGUCCCGACUUCAAAAUGCCGUCAGAGGCUCCGCUCUCUUCGACGAGCUCGCUACCGAGUACGAGAUUGUGGAACGGUUCGUGAGGGACAUGAUGCGCAACGGCGUCUACUCUACGUUCAAACAAAGACUGUCCGAGAUUGGCCCUCAAAUCAUGGCCCAGGCAGACAAAGCAGUCCGAGCCAUGAGAGAGAAAUACCACGUAUUCAAGGAGCACUCAUCUGGCAACAUUGCGCUCGACUACCUCAACGCAGUGACUGCCGACGCUCUAGACAGAGUAAGAUUUUACUCCUCCCACAAGGUUAUUUUUGACUUGGGAGGACUGGAGAGCAAGAGAAUACGAGGUCUUGGACAGAAUGCAGAGAAUAUUCGUCUCGUUUGUGGAUGGAUUCAAAACGUGGCUCCAAGAGUUCUCUCGCUAGCCGACGAGGGUUCACCGGCAAUCAUUAUCGAGCCAAAGAAGAAAGGACAGAUCAUCUACAACCAGCACCUACCAGUCCCUUGGAACAACUUCUUGGAAGGACCCCAGUGGUUCCGUCUCGUUAACAUCUUCCAAAAGGAGUCUCCACUAGAAGAAUCCAGGAGGAAAUUAGCCGAGGGGAUGGAUGUCCUCUAUUCUACUUUUGGAGCCCUCUUCCUGCCAGGGUCGCUGAUUCCACCCUUCACGGCAACGGCCACUGUCUACGGCCAGCAGAUCACCACUUUCGAUCUCCUCCACUACCAGUUCCUGGGUACGUGCACGUACCUCAUGACGAAGGACUUCGUCGGCGGCGACUUCGAGGUCAUCGGCGAUUACAGCCGAUCAGACAACGGUCUCAUAGAGCUCGAAUCCCUGACGAUCAGGGCCCAGGGGGCUGACGUCACAAUCCACGUCGACGGCAGGUUCGAAGCGAGGAAUAUGGGAGAUGCUCAGGUCCACACCGACGAGAACUUCGUUGCCUUCAAGCAAGGCAGCCUCCUCGUCUCCUGCAACUCGGUUUCUCGCGGAUGCUCCGUCACCGUAGGAAGCAAAUACUUUGGAAGACUGGGCGGCCUCCUCGGAAACUACAACCACGAACCUUCUGACGACUCCGAGGGACCUGACGGGAAGAAGAGGCACGCCGGGAACGACAUCGCAAACAGCUGGUCCGUUGGGUCUGUCCCUUGCUACCAGGAGAACCAGGUGGUGUCCGUGGAGAAACUCUCCCGUGUGUCCAGCUUCGGCAACUGCCACGAGCUGUUCCUCCGGUCCGAGAGUCCCCUGAGCAACUGCUUCCUGAGGAUCGACCCCAGGCCCUACUUCUGGCACUGCGUCAGGGACAUGAGGCGUCCCAGCUACGGCGACGAAGGGCGCAACACCCCCUGCCACGCAUCUGAUGCCUACCGCACCGUCUGCGCCGAGAGGAACAUCCACAUGCCAGCGCUCUUCCAGUGCCCUCGGAGCGAAGCGUUCAAAGUCGACGAAGCCAAAGAAGAAGAAGAGAAAGAAGAAGUGGUAGAGACUCCCAUCGUCAGGAAGCCGCCAACAUCGAGAGUGGCUCAGGCGCCCGCCCAAAGGAUGCCUGCGACCUGCAGCGUGCCCGAGGGGGAGACGGUGCCCGAGGGCUGGAGCCACACCUACGAGAAGGAAACCCAGGGCUCGGCCGACCUCGCCUUCGUCAUCGAAUUGGCCACCUGCAACAAGGACAGGAACCUCCAGCUGCUGCUCAGGCUCAUCAAGGUCACGCUGAAGAGAGGUGGCAUCCAGGACGUCAAGUACGCCCUGGUGACCACCCAGGGAGGCGAGAUAGUGGACAUGUCCUCCGACAUGAUCUCUGAGGAGGAACUCAACACUCAACUCGGCAACCUCUCCCUCGACGGGCCCAAGUCCGACGAAGGCGGUGCCGAGGCUAUCAAGAAAGCUGCUCGGACCCUCAAAUGGCGUCCGGGAGUCGCUCGCAACAUCAUCCAGCUCCCUUGCCGCGCCUGCAACGACGGGGAUGCCGUGGCAGAGGCCCUCGCCGAAAAUGACGUCAUUCUGCACAUUCUCACGAAAUUCAAAGUCGCUAUGUCAGGCCCCAAUCCCAAGAAGAGCAAGCUCAUGGCUAACAAGGUCUACGGUUUCGACAGCAAACGAAUUUACACUCCCAAAGACACCAAGAAAUUCACGGGCAACGUCAACAUGCGAAAACUCUUCCAAGACCCAGAGGAUUCCUCCUGCUUCGAAGCAGCCCAGUCAUCCGGAGGCUCGAUCUACAACGUCAAUAAGUGGGUCUCUAAAUCCGCCGUUGUCGAGAAGAAAUAUCUCGGAGUCGUCGGUCAGAGCAUCUUGAAGAGCAGUCACGCCCCUGAAUGUCAGGAAUGCCGGUGCCUCAGACAGGGAGAAGGCGCCGAGGUGUCCUGCAGGAAAUGCGGCGAGGAAUGGCCCGCCGUGGAAGUCCAGGAAGUCCCAAGAGAGCAAGUCCAGCAGCCACAACAGGUUCCUCAAGAGAGAGUCUCCAUAACAGCAAGAGCUGGUGAUUCCCAGGAGGAAAGUGGUAAUGUCGCCCAUGAUAUCAAACGGACUUUUAAAGAAGAAUUCAUCGAAGCCAACGCAGCUUUCGCCAAGCUGGGAGACAGUCAGAAAGAAGAGCGGGGUGAUGCUAGUCGUCCAGCAGUGAGCCAGAAAGGAAGGCAAGAAGAAAUAGUAGAAGAAGAAGAAGAAGAAGAAGAAGAACCACAAGUGGAAGAAGAAGAGGAGGAAGAAGAACCACAGGUGGAGGAAGAAAAACCGCAUGUGGAGGAAGAAGAACAAGAGGAGGAGGAGGAGGAAGAGGACGAAAGUGACGAAGUAGAAGAAUACAACUACCCAGACUAUUACGAUUACAGAAAAUAGACCUCGACUGACCGCCCGUGUCCUAGAGAAUUAUCACGCAUCGUAAAUUCAUCAUAACUACUACUACUACCACUACAGUUUGUCAAGAAGAUACUGAAGAUCUGUCCACAUUUCCAAAACAUUUUCCUACUUCCUCAGUGCAUCACUUGUUGCCAUUUCGGUCGAGUAUAGACUCUUUUUCUCGUCUCAUUGUACUAUAGAUCCCCGCUAUAGGUAUAGCUAAUACAGUCGCAGUUGGAAUUCUUCUUACACUGCUGACGAAGUUUUUAUUUCAUCUUCUAACUCCCUUCGGUUUCUUCCUGUGUUGGCGUUAUUAGCUCCGUUACCUCCCGCUCAAGAUGACGAAGACUUAUAGGCCUAACCUAACAUAUAGCUGAAUAUUAUUCCUCUCCGACCCGAAUUUUGCCCUUGAAUCAUUCUUGCUAUUAAGUCACACUUCUGUAUAGAACAGUACCUAAGAUGGCAAUGAUAAUAAGCCAUCUAAUUCAUGUACAGGAUAGCCAAGUAACUGCAGGUAUCAAAAUAACGUAGAUUUGCCUUCAUUUCCUGCUUAGUAAUAUUAUAUAUAUAUAUAUAUAUAUAUAUAUAUAUAUAGAU